CUUUAAGAUGAGUAAAUUUUAAUAGCGAUGCCAUAUAACUAUACAAUAACAAUUUACGAAAGUGUAUAAAACAGUCAUUUAUUAUUUUAUUUUUGCUUUUUCCAGGUUUUUAUCAACGGGCAUAUCUUUUAGAGCCCUUGCUUUUUCAUUCCGAAUUUCGCAUCAAACGAUAGGUUCCAUAGUAUAUGAAACAUCACAGGCAAUAUGGUCUUCACUACAAGCAAUGCAUAUGCCCGUUCCCACUAUUGAAACAUUACGAAAUGUAGCAGCUGAAUUCGAAACUAAAUGCAAUUUUCCACAUUGUAUCGGAACCAUCGACGGAAAACAUAUUCGCAUAAAGCGGCCUCCUAACACUGGUUCACAAUACUUCAACUAUAAACAUUUUUUUUCUGUCCACUUGCAAGCAGUUGCAGAUGCAAACUGUAAAUUUAUAACUAUCGAUGUUGGUGAUGAUGGCAGAAGGAACGAUAGUGGAGUGUUCGUAAAUACUUCGUUAUAUCACCACCUUGAAAACAAUAGUUUCAACACUCCUCCGCCAGAAUCAUUACCAGCCACAAAUUUUAACAUGCCUUACGUUUUACUUGGGGAUCAAGGAUAUCCGUUAAAACCCUACUUGAUGAGGCCUUACAGCAGCAACAUGGAUGCAGCGAAAGAAACCAUUAAUUAUCUAUUGAGUAGUGCAAGGAUGACGGUAGAACGAGCAUUCGGCAUUUUAGAACUAAAUGGAGACCCUAUAUACAGUUAUAUAAUUUCUAUAACUUAUAUAACUAUAGAACUUUUUGUCACAGGUGACGCAGGGUACCCUUCAGAACCUUGGCUGAUCAGACCACAUAGGAAUCCUGGUCGUGGUUCAGAAGAAGCAUCAUUCAAUACAUUGCUCUCCUCUGGCCGAAUAAUAGUAGAAAUGACUAUAGCAAUAUUGAAAUCCAGAUUUCGAUGUCUUAAUGGAGGUGAUGGUUGUCUUAAUUAUACACCGAAAAAAUGCGCUGCAAUUAUUAAUGUUUGUAGAGCAUUGCAUAACGUAUGUAUAGAGCACAAUAUUGAAGGGCAACAGGUGUUCGAUGACAUAAUGCUCAGUGCGCAAGCAACUUAAAGUUUACACUA